AUGUCUGAUAACGAUUCAUUGACGUUUAGCAAACUUACACAGACUCAUAUCCAAAGGUUGAAGGAUGCAUUCCAAACUAUUGAUGACGAUGGUGAUGGCGCCAUAUCACAGAAGGAUCUCGAUAAAAUAUUUAAAAGCAUUGGUAAACAAAUGAAACCUGAACAGUUAGAAUCGAUGCUCACCACUGCAAAUGCCAAAGAUGGUGAGGGCGUUACGUUUCCGGAAUUUCUAUCAAUAAUGGGUGAAACUAUGGGUAAAUAUCCUGAAGAUACGGAGAUAGUCAAUUGUUUGAAAGUUUUAUCAGAUAACAACGAAUUGAACGUACCUGUUGAUGACUUGCUUUCUUAUUUGAAGGAUGCAGGUUAUCCCAAAGCUGAAAUAGAAUUUGAGAAACUGUUUAGAGAGUUUACGUCAGAUCAAGAUUUUGCAGGAAAGAAAGUGUUUAAGGGGAAACAGUUUAUGAAUACGAUUUCAGAAUAA